UAAAAAAUGUUUCACUCCAGGAAGUAGUCACGCUCUAGGAUUCUUCUGGUUUGGGCGCCUGCCUUCAAAAUAAAUGUUUGAAUGUUUGUGUUGUCGGAGAAAUAGACAAUUAGCAGCAACAACUUGAACAACUGUUCCCAUUGAAUAUAUUCCAAAAGUGAGGGAUUUAAUUUUUCUGUGAAAUGACUGUAUUCCUUAAAAUCGGGCAUAGAUUUGUGGAGAAGGCGCUUUUAUUCUGAAGAAAUCAGACCGGAAAACUUUUUGUUGUAGCCGCUGGCCCAACACAACAGUCAUGUUUGCAACGUAUAGUUAGCAACGCUACGCUGUAGCUACAUUUUUAGCUGCUGUAAAUGAUUCACUUUUUACCCAGGUUGUUCUUCUUUCUCUAUAAUCAUGAACAGGACGCACCUGAAGCGGUUCACUAUCUUGAGGAUGGCUCUGUCCGGCUCGGAAACGAUGGACCAGGACGAACAAGGAGAGACUUUCUUAUUCCGGGCUUGCAGAAUAGCGGCUGUGGUUGCACUGUACUGGUUUAUUUCAAUAACAAUGGUGUUCCUUAAUAAUUAUCUGCUGGACAACCGAGACUUGGACGCGCCACUGUUCGUCACUUUUUAUCAGUGCGUGGUGACGGUUGGUCUGUGCUGGGUCAUGCAGCUGCUGUCCAAGUUGUGCCCGGGGCUCAUCGACUUCCCGUCGGUCAGAUUCGACUUGAAGACGUCACGGGAGGUCCUGCCGCUGUCCAUCGUGUUCAUCGGCAUGAUCACCUUCAACAACCUGUGCCUGAAAUACGUCGGAGUGGCUUUUUACACUAUCGGCCGUUCACUCAGCACAGUUUUCAAUGUGCUGCUGUCGUAUGUCAUCCUGAAACAAACCACAUCUUACCAAGCCUUACUGUGCUGUGGGAUCAUACUUGGUGGAUUCUGGCUUGGCGUGGACCAGGAAGGCAUGGCGGGGUCCCUGUCCUGGUCAGGCGUCUUUUUCGGGGUACUUGCCAGCGCUUGUGUUUCUCUCAAUGCCAUCUUCACCAAGAAGGUGAUGCCAGCAGUGGACGGAAACAUCUGGAAACUGUCCUAUUACAACAACAUUAAUGCCUGCGUCCUCUUCCUGCCGCUCAUUGUCGUGUUUGGAGAGGUGGGUCGCAUCGCCAGCUUCAGCCGCUUCACUGACCUCGGGUUUUGGGGUAUGAUGACACUCGGAGGAGUGUUUGGUUUCGCCAUCGGUUACGUCACAGGUCUCCAGAUCAAGUACACUAGUCCUCUCACACACAACGUCUCAGGGACGGCAAAGGCCUGCGCGCAGACUGUUAUUGCAGUGGUGUACAACUCCUCCAGUAAAAGCCUGCUGUGGUGGACCAGUAACAUGAUGGUUCUCGGCGGCUCGUCAGCCUACACUUGGGUUAAAAGUCUAGAAAUGAAGAAGACUCCCCUCAAAGACUCUCAGGACUCGGCCAAGGAAAAACUGCUUUCAGGGGAGAAAAGCGGUUUGGGAGUAUAGCCAUUGUGCAGCGUAACAAUAGGCUAAGAAACCUGUAGCCUUUAACCAUGUGGUGUGAGAAGUAGCGGUUUUAGUAGUACAUGCACGGAAUCAGUGAUUUGGGUUGGGUUUAAUAGUCUUGUGGGUUUUAUACAGUUUGACUUGAGGUAUGAAGGCAUUUGUAUGUAUAUAUAUUUAAAGCUUCAUAUUCAUUUGAGGCAUUUUUAAAAUUAUUUUUAAAUUAUAUUACAGAGAAAUAUAAUAAUGUGUCUUUUAUGCUCUAGUCUACAGAUGAAGGAAUAAAGGAAGUUUUUAUUCACAGGGAGGGAAGAAGCAUUUACUCAGUUUGAGGGUUAUUGGCAUCAUGGCAUCAAAAGCUUAUAUUUAGCUUUUCUAUAUCUAUUGUUUAAUUCUGAUCAUGAUAUUUUUCUUAGAAGGGGUGUCGGACAUGCAAAUUGCUGCCAUUUUUUUAUGAAAUGUCACGAUCGCGACAGACAGUGGGACCAACGUAGGCUUUAACCUCCAAAGAAAACACUUCCUCAGCAUUUUGAACUGUUGUGCAUCAUUUGCUACAGCACACUAUGUUUCUGAGCUGAGUAAAACUCUGCAAACAUAGGCGUUGGUGACUAUUGUGUUUCUUUGCAGAGGUGUCAGCUGUGGGAUCAUGUGUGAACAUUAAACAGCUCUCUGAAGUCUAAUGUUUGAUAUGAAGGCAGACGAACAAACAAUGUGAACGUGGUUAAUAGAAUUAUGACCGUCAUUAUUCAGAGCACAGAGGAAGGUGAAUAUUCUCAGACCUGCUGAAAUAAAUACAAGCUGUAUCAACCAAAUGAAUAGACAACACAGAUAAAGGUUACUGAAUGUAAAUCACCCGAUCAUCAGGUCACCAGUAGCACCAGGAGCAAAGUAAAUAGUUGAGAAUGGUUUUGAAUAAUGUAUCUACCGAGAAACUGCAAUUAUUAGUCUUUAAAAAAUAAGAAAUAUCAUUGCCCCUUGAUAUGUUUGAAACUGAAUUACACUGAGGAGUUUUACUUUUUACGACAAAAUAAAUUUUAUGAUAAAACCCAUUUCUCUCUGUGUCUCUACUCAGUCAUUUUGAUUUUCUUCUCAAAUUUUAUUUUAAUUUCUCCUUCGUUGAACUGUUUAUAGAAAUAAAAUAAAAAUGCACCAUGUGCUUAUUA